AUGUAUUUCCAACUGCAACGUCUUCUUGUUGUCGACGAAGCUGCUCGCUCUGAGCUGCUUUCACAACUUUACGUCAGCGUCAUGACUCGUCUUACCAUGGCUCAAAAGACUCUCACCACCCUCGUAUGGCUGAGUAGUGUCGCCUCGACACAGGCCGCGCCCCAAGUCACGCUUCCCGGCUACGGGAGCUUUGUCGGUACGACUAUCUCGCAGACACUGACCAAGAAGCCGCUGCCAAAGCCCGUGGAUGCCUGGCUCGGGAUCGAUUAUGUCUCGCAGCCUGUAGGAGAAGCACGGUUCGCGCCCGUUGGACCCCCGGAAUUGUUUGAGGGCGUGAAGAAUGCAACUCAAUAUGGAUUUUCGUGCCAUCAGGAUCCGCGGGAUAUCACGUACGAGGUUAACGAGGCAUGUUUGAACAUGAAUGUGUUUCGUCCGCAGAAUGUAUCGGCGCAUGAGAAAUUGCCUGUACUCGUCUGGAUUCAUGGAGUAAACUCCUUCGGCUUCCUCCCCUCGCCCGUCUUCGAGCGCCUAGGCCUGCUGAACCUAGGCCUCCGAGACCAGCAAUCCCUCCUGGAAUUUGUACAAAAAUACAUUGCACAGUUCGGCGGCGACGCAUCCCGCGUUACGCUGGGCGGCCGUUCCGCAGGCGCCCACUCAACCGCCAUCCACCUCUUCCACAACUACAACUCUUCAGACGGCGCCUCCCCGCUCUUCUCCCAGGCCAUCCUGCAAUCCGGCAGCGUAACCGCGCGGUCCUUCCCCAACGCCUCGUACCCACUCUACCAACAGCAGUUUAGCCAGUACCUCAGCCUCGCGGGCUGCGCCUCCGCCGCAAAUAGCUCCGACACCGCCAUCCUCGCCUGCCUACGCGCCGCCCCCAUUUCCGCCCUGGAAAACGCAAGUACCCAGCUCUGGCGCGCCUCCGAAUACAGCAUCACGUGGCCCUUCCAACCCACCCGCGGCGGCUUUUUACUCGAAAAAGCGGGGUCGCAGGCGGGUAAGGAGGGACUGUUCUACCGUAUUCCCACCAUCACUACCAAUGUACUUGACGAAGCGAAAUAUUACUCCCCAGGAGAUAUAUCUACAAACGCGGAGUUCCUGGCCUACCUACACACGCUCAUCCCGGGCCUCACUCCCGCCGAUCUUCAGGAUAUCGAGAAGUUGUAUCCGGAUCCAGCGCUGGAUCCGGUGAAUGGGCCGUACGCGUUCAGUCCGAAUUCUACACAGUAUAAUCGUCUUUCGGCUGCGCUGACAGAUUACAUGUACGUCUGUCCUGGUCAGGAAACCGCCGUUCGCAUGGCUUCCAAAGGUGCACACGUGUUCAAAGCCGUGUGGGCAGUUAACAACACUUUUCCUGCGUGGAAGGGUGUGCCGCAUACAGCCGAUACCAAAUAUACCUGGGCGGAACCGGCGGGGGCAGGUGGAGUCCAGUAUCCAGAGGUGGGGAAACAGGUGCUACAUGCGUUUUUUUCGGAUUUCGUGGCGUUGGGCGGGAGCCCGAGUGUGGGGGUAAGGCAGGGUGUGCCGGUUUGGCCGAGGUAUGAAGAGAAGGGUGAUGGGGUGCCCGGGUUGCAGUUGAGGAUUGAAGCGUUUGGGAAUAGUCGGGUUGAGGGGGAUGGGGUGAGGAGGGUGCAGUGUGAGUGGUGGAGGGAUGAGGGGAGGGCGGUGAGGCUGGAGAAGUGA